UCCUUAAUAGGAGGAAACUGUCAACUGUUGUAGAUAUAUGUUUUGGUCUCUCCUCUCACAAUCUAUCGUUCAUACUGAGAAGUUCGUCCUAUUGAGAACUGAACACAAGAUUGCAGAGAGGAGAAGACUCUAACUCGGAAUGAUGAAUUCUUCAAGUCUCAACAUUUUGAAUCUCAUCAACAUUGAAAAAUUGAAUGGGAACAAUUUCAGAACAUGGAAGCAGCAAAUUGACUUGAAUCUGGGGCUUUUGGAGUUUGCCAUUGCUUUCAAGCAGCCUAAGCCACAUGCUUUGACCAGUGAGAGUACAAAGGAUCAGAAAGAUGCAUUUGAAAAAUGGGCAAGAGCCAAUGAAAUGUCCUUACUUAUCAUGCAAAAUGCUAUGGAGGAACACAUUAGGGGAGGCGUUCCUUCUUGCGAUUUGGCUAAGGACUACUUGGCUGCCAUUGAAGAGAAGUACAAGAGGUCAGAUAAGGUGGAGACAGGGUCGUAUCUAACUGCUCUCACUUCUGCUAAGUUUGAUGGAGGAAGUAUCAGAGAACACCUUCUUAAGCUUGUCAAUGUUGGCAACAAGCUGAACACCCUGGAUGUUCCAAUUUCUGAGCAAUUCCUGGUUCACAUGGCACUUAAUUCUUUGACUGCUGAAUAUGAACAGGUCAAGAUUAACUACAACACUCAAAAAGAAUCCUGGACUGUGAAUGAACUGAUUGCAAUCUGUUGUCAAGAGGAAGAUAGACUCAAGAAAGGCAAGGAAGAAGCUGUAAAUUUUGUGAAUGGGGGAAAAGGAAAGAAGGCUUUUGCAUUCAACAAGUCUGGAAAUACUGGGAAUGUUCAAAUCAAAUCAGCAAAAUUCAAACCAGGUUCUUCUUCUGGAACUAAAAAGGGUGCUUUCAAUUCUGGAGGACUUGCUAAAAAUAUUCCUUCCUCUAAUAACUCUGGUCUGAAAGUGAAUAAAGAUUUUGUCAAAAAGUGUCAUUUCUGUCAGUCAACUGAACAUCUUAGGAGAGAUUGUGCUGGCUUUAAGGCUUGGUUGAUUAAGAAAGGGAUUCAAAAGCCAGAGGGAACCAAGUAGAGAGGUCUACAGAGUGUUUGUUGGAAAUGGAACAAAAGUAGAUGUUGAGUCUGUUGGAAGUAUCAAAUUAGAGUUGUCUUCUGGUUUUAUUUUAAUUUUGAACAAUGUCUUCUAUGUACCUUCUAUGAGAAGGAAUUUGUUUUCAGUUUCUAAGUUUGUAAUGGAUGGUUUUUCUUUUAUUGGAGAUAAUGAAAGCAUCAGACUUUUUCAUAAGAAUCAA